AUGCAAGGCGAUCAACCUCAGGCUGACGAAUCUCGUGCAGCUGCCAAAUAUCCGCUGCCCGCCCAGCCUCCUGGACCAGGUCCGGGUACAGGUGCUGCCUCGGAUCCUGAUCCACAUCCACCACACAUCACAGUCCAAGCCCCAGCAGUGGUCCUCGUCGCUCAGUCUGCAGCUGAUUUAAAGCGUUAUGCCAGCUUGUCUGAACAAGACUGUUAUGAUGUACCAGCCAAGAGUCUUUACACACAUGCUAAACGACUCUGCCGCAUUCGCCCCAGGCCGAGGCUGUCCCAGCAUGCCUCGGCAGAACAGACGGUCAGGAGAAUGCAGACUCUGCGAAGUGGCCUGGGUCAGCGUAGGUUACAGGAGUGUGCUGUGCAGGACAGAUGGGUGGUGCUGCCCCGGCCCAAGAGAAUGACCAAAAGGGUGAGCGGGAUCAAGACACCACAUCCUUACCAGAGACGAAGGAAGACUCUCAUCCAGCGGCACUUACUGCAGGUACCAGACAACCGACAGCUCUCCAAAAACGUGAAUUUAAGGACCAGACAGCGUCACUAUGCCAUCCUCGCUGCCGCCUACGAACAAGACGUGAUGACUUACCUGCUGGAGGUGGAGAAAAGGCACCUGAGGACCCGUAACUACCUGACGGCGCACCCCUCAGUGAGCCAGCGGACCCGCGCCAUCCUAGUGGACUGGCUCAUUCAAGUGCAGAGCUACUUGGGGAUGUCCCGUGAGACGCUGUACCAAGCCGUGGCAAUGGUGGACCGGGUGUUGGAGGAGUGCUGCAUCCCGGUGCAGCGCGUGCAGCUCCUGGCUGUGACCUGCCUCCUCAUUGCCUCCAAGCUCGAGGAGCAACAACCCGUACAGACAGCCGAGUUGCUUCAUCUCACCCUCAACUCGUACAAACACGAGGAGCUGCUGGCAUUGGAGCGGCGGGUGCUGCAAGUUUUGAACUUCAAUCUGACUUAUGCUGACCCAACUGUCUUCCUUUGCUACUUCCUUUACCUUACGUGCAACACACAAGAUCAGACGGUAAAUGACUGCUGUGGCUUCCUGAUGGAGGUGGUGAUGGUGGAGUCCUGGCCGCUGGAAACUCGGCCGUCGCUCCUGGCCGCAGCAGCCUUGCAUGGCGCCCUUAUGGUAGUUUACGGAACCUUGGCUGCAUCAGCUGUUCCUCUUCUCAUGCCCAAGUAUUUCAACCUGAAGGAGGAGGAUAUCGUGGCCACCAGUCUACGGCUGUUGGAGGCUCUCACCAAUCGUUUCAACCUUCCAUUCCAAGGGGCCGAGAGUAAGUACGCCAGCGAGUCCCGUCACCGCGCCCUUGCCCGCCACCCACGCCUCCAGCCUCUCCACCUGGUCUCCGUGGCGGACAAAGUAAGGGCCAGUCUCAUCCACUUACGUGGAGAAAAUACUGUGAUAAGGAGCAGGCAGCACGGCUGGUGCCAAGACCCGCCGCAGUGUCUGGCCGCAGCCGCCCCUUCCCCUGCAGGAAACGCCGUGCAGCAGUCAGGCGUCACUGCCGUUGAGGAGCAACCUUUUUCGAAUUAUAAAGAGGAUGACAACCUACUCGUGCCAAGAAUGGAGGAAGGUUGA